AUGGCACCACCACCAGCCUUGUUUGUCCUGUUGAUGUGGUCUGGGCUUGCCGCCGCCCAGGUCAGGUUCGAGGACCAGGGGAAGAUCACCUCUGCCAUCAACAGUGUCAAGUCGAUCCCACAACACAACCCAUUACAAGGUCACCUGAAGCCCUCGACAUUCACAAAGCCGGAACAAACCAGAUUUGCUCCCGACGGGCUGGAGAGUCUGGACUCACUGGGAGUGUUGACAGACAAGGAGUGUCAGCAGUGUUCCAUCACUGACCGAGAACUAGCUCUCAGGUGCUGUCAGUCCAGGCGCACCUGCUGCUCUUCCAUCCUGUCACCUGAACCGGGAGUUCAGACAGGUCAAAUUCCACCAGAGGCCUUCCCAGGACCUUCCCGGUUGUCAGGGCCUCUCCCGCGCCAAACUCCGGAUCAUGCUGGUCCCCCGGGGUUGAUCGGAUCGCUGGGGGAGAAGGUUGGGGCCUGUCCGGUAGUAACUCGGAGGGUUCCCACAGGCUUCAGCAGGUUCGCGGACGAUGCUUGCGUGGCGGAGUGCAGCGGUGACUUCCACUGCCCAGACCUGCUGAAGUGUUGUCCCGUCGGCUGCUCCACCGUCUGCCUCACCCCACAAGGAGCGAUUCAUCCGACAACAAAGCCCGGGUCGUGUCCAAAACAAAGCUCGCUUGGCUUCCCAGGUCACCGCUUGGGAGUACUUGGGCUGUCUUCGGCCUCAAAAAACCCAGCGGCCAUCUCCCCAGAGACGCUGGCACGUAUCCUGGAGCAACAAGAUGAGAAAGAACGCCGUCUAAACCGAAAGGAACGUCGCGGGGAACGCAGGAGGCGUAGGUCACUUCCAGAGGAGGAACAAAAUGUCAAUUUUCUGAAGCAGAGUCAUAGUCGGGUAACGCGCUCAUUCCACCGCCCCGAACAAGACGACCAUCGAGAGAGACAACGAAACCGCUGGGAGCGGAAUCGCGGACGCAUACAGCGAUCAACCGAAGUCGACCAUCAGGAUGACCGGUUAGGCCACGCUCAGCUAGACGGCAUCCGAUCAGAUGAGAACGAUGAGGGUGAAGCAACAAUCAUCAGACGCGUUGCUCGCCAGGCAGGGCCUCACCAACCAGGUUUCUUAGUUGAUCCAUCAUGUCAGGACGAGUGCUUCACUGACUUUGAUUGUCCUGCUAAUCUGAAGUGCUGUUUCCAGGGCAAAAACUGUCGCCUGUGUUUUAGUCCCACAUUCAUUUAA